AUGUGGCUAAAUAGCUUUUUUAGUAAAACAAAUAAAAAUGAAUGCGAGGACACGACUCAGCACACUAUUAAUGAAGAUAAGGUUAACGAGGAUAAGGUUGAAGAGGAUAAGGUUAAAGAGGAAUCAAUCAAAAUCUGUGAGAAAAAAGAAGAGAAACCAAUAAUUAAGGCUGAUUUGCCAGAACGAGUUGAACACGUAAAAAUAGAAGAAGAAAAUUUACCAGCAUUACAAAAUAAACAAGACUUAAAUUUAAACAAUGACACUACAAACACAAAAAAAAAUGAAGAAAUAAAUAAUUGUAAAAUAGAGGCCGUCCUAAGGAUUAUACCAGUUUUAGAAAAAAAUAUACAAACACUUACCAAUAAGGUAUCUUGUCUAUCUGGCUUAAUUAAUACGAAACAGCUCAAUGCCAAAAUAGAAACUGAACAAAAUAUAAUUUUAAACAAUUCUAAUUUAAAUAGUCCAAACCCAGUAAAUAAAUCGAACGAUAUAGAGGAUACAACGACACCGAAAAAGAAAGAUAUUAAAAUUCCAAAAAUUUCCAAAAAAAAUAAGAAAAAGACCAAAAAUAAAUUAAGUGUAACAAAAAAAAAAAAAAAAAAGCCGGAAAACCCCGUAAAACCUGAAACAAAGCUUACCGAAACUAUUAAUGAAAAUGUUCAAGUGACAAAUCCCGAAAAUUCAGAUCAGAACAAUGGUAAGUCAAUUGACCAGUUGUCCAAUUAUUUGGAUGGGCGAUUAGAAUGCUUUUUUACAAAAAUACAGUCAGCAUUGUCGCAAAUUAAAAUUGAUAAGAUAAACGAAAAAUGUGAAAUUAUGGUUCAUCUAUCCGGACUGGAUAAUAAAAUGAACACAAACGAAAUAAACAUAGAUAAAUUAAUGUCAAAUGUGCAACAGUUAAGUAGAAAAAACCAACAGGAAAUUAUGAAAAAACGAUCAAGUAUGAAAACAGAAAAUAAUAAACAAGAAUUGCAAAAAAGCAUAGACGAUAUUAAAAUGUGUAUUGAUUACCUAAUACAACCAAAUGCAGUUGACGUACGGCAAACUCAACAGUGUACCGAUACUCCAAUCACGAACAAAAAUACUGGGUGUACCUCGGAUCGGUGUGUUUGCCAAUUAAUAAACAAUUCUAAUGCGGCUAAUAUAGAUAUGAUAAAUUCAAGCGAUGGUUACAAUCAGAUAAAGUACGGUGAUAUCAUUCUAUGUGAGUUUUUAAAAGCAAAGCUAACUGCGGAAAUGUUUAAACGUAAUGAACAUCAAAAUACGGGGCAGGUAAAUCAGUUUUCGAAUAAAAACGACGACAAAAAAAUUAGCCAUUCAUCAGUAUGUUCAAAGAAAUCAAACAAUGUUUUAAAAGAUUGUGCUGGAAAUCAAAUCGACGACAAAAAAACUUGCAAUACAUCAGUUUGUUCAAAAAAAUCAAACAAUGUUUUAAAAGAUUAUUAUUUGGAGCGAUUUUCUGCUCAAACUAUGUCUAAUGAAUACCUAAACUUUUCAUCGAAGUAA